UUCUACAAUCGCUCAGUAUGCGUUCAAACAUUGACAUAGACGGUUUAAAAAAAUUUCUUUCUCUUGUCAAAUGAAUUUACUCCAAUAUCACACUGGAAUUAUAAAAUUAUUAUCAUAAAAUUUUGUUAAAUAUAUUAUUAUAAAAUAUAGUUUAAAUAAUAUCAAGAAAACAGUUUUUAUUUUAUUUUAAUAAAUCAAACAGAUACUAGUCUUCACACAGUCAUGGUGAAUGCUUAUGGAGGUGUGCUAAUUUUGGCAGAUAUAUUUCUGCUUAUUGUCAGACUUGUGUAUAUCGUAUUAGAGGCCACAUACCGUCUAUUAGUUCCAGUUGAAGAAAAAAGUGUUGCCGGUGAAAUUGUUUUGAUAACAGGAGCCGGUCAUGGAAUUGGACGUGAAUUGGCCUUGAAAUAUGCAUCUCUGGGUGCAACAGUUGUUUGUUGGGAUUUAAAUGUUCAAGGUAAUCAAGAAACAGUUGAUCAAGUUAUGAAAUUAGGCACAUCAAAAGCUCAUGGUUACCAAUGUGAUGUAUCAAAUCGAGAUGACGUUAUUAAAACAGCUAAAAAAGUUUAUUCAGAAGUUGGAAAUGUGACAAUACUAAUAAACAAUGCUGGCAUAAUGCCUUGUCAACCAUUUCUCGAGUAUUCACCCGAAACUAUUAAGAAAAUUUUCGAUGUAAAUGUUAUGGCACACUUCUGGAUGAAUCAAGCAUUUUUACCAAGUAUGAUUAAUAAUAAUCAUGGUCAUAUUGUUGCCUUGUCGUCAAUGGCAGGUGUGACAGGACUUGUUAAUUUGGUACCUUAUUGUGGCUCGAAAUUUGCUGUAAGAGGUAUGAUGGAAGCAUUGAAUGAUGAAGUUCGUAUAUUAAUGGGUAAUCGAGAAUCAAAUGUUAAAUUUACAACAAUAUAUCCGUAUAUGGUUGAUACUGGUCUGUGCAAAAAACCAAAGAUUAGAUUUACAAGCUUGAUGGGUAUUGUACCACCAAAAGAAGCUGCAGCUCAAAUAGUCACUGCUCAAAGACGAAAUUAUGCUGAUGUUUCGAUACCAAGAUGUUGGAUGUCUGUCAAUUCAACUCUCAGAAAUUUUCCAGACAAAGUUUUAGUACUGACAAAGAACUUUUUUGAUUGUGGUGUUGAAGCAACAGAUUAACUUGAAAACUACAAUUUAAGAUGAUUUUUUUUUUCUAUUUGUACAGCCAAAAAAAUGUGUGACUAAAAAAAAAGUGGAUAAUAAAAAA